AUGGAUGGAGACUUGGCACACAUAGAAUACGAUUAUUCUCAAGCUAACCAUCAGACUUUAAGUUUUGAGGAUGGAUCAGAAAUUUGUAUUCCUGUAAAGAAAAAAACAUUUGAAACAUGGGAGGAUGAAAAACCAGUCGCAUUUCUCUCCAUCGUUGGAGGAACAAACCAAUAUCUGCCUAACGAAACGAUUAAAAAUCAACUUAAAAAUGGUUUACAAGAAAUAAUGGAAACAACGAAAAUCUGGAUUAAAACUGACGGAGAAAAUACAAGUGUUGGGAAGAUUGUUGAAGAAUUUGCAAAAGAAGAAAAAAACUUAACCCAUGUUUUUCAUGAGCAUUCGGAAAAAAUUACAAAUAAUAAGGCUACACAUUUGGGCCAAUUAGACUAUGUUCUGGAAACUUGCAUCACUGAUCACUUGAAGAUUCCUAUAAUAAUGAUAAUUAUUGGAGGUGACGAAAACUCAUUUGUUACCGCCAUGACAUACUUGAAGAUGAAUUAUCCGGUUUUAGUUUUAGAAGGGUCUGGAAGAGCUGCAGACUUCAUCUGUAAGGGAUACAGAUUAAGUACCUUUAGAACAAGCGAAGACAAAUGUGUACUGUCUGAUACAUUCAUAUCUGAAAUAACAGAAGCAGCAAAAUACAUUUAUGGUUUUAAUCAGGAAGAUAGGAUUACUGAAAAAAGGAAUUGUGACAAACUAGCAUACAAACUCAAACAUGCAUUGGAAACAAGAUGGACAUUUAUUCACGUGCACUCGAUAAACGAUACCACACACAGUUUUGACAAGGCGUUUCAAGAUAUACUAUUUCAGUUGGUGUGCAAAGAAAACAAACAGGAUUAUGAGAUUAUAGAAAACAUACUUAAGUAUGCCGAUUUGUGGGACAGACCAGAUAUUGCAGAGAAAGAAGUAUUCAAUUUAGAAAACAGCAACUUGUUGCAGAUGAUUCAGGGGAACAAAGACAGCAUAUUAUCAACACUAUUCAAAAACGCAUUGUUGGACAAAAAAGAAGAAAUUGUCAAGCAAGUGCUUGAUUAUAUCCAGGAUAGAGAAUUCUUUACAGUGUUUUUACAACAAAAUCUAGAGGAAUUAUAUGUCUCAGAGGUAAGUCCAGAUCUGCAAGUUGUUAUACUUGCAUGGAGUGCAUGA